UGUUGUUGAAGGAGCGGAGGCAGUGGCUGGAUGGAUGGAGAUUGAGGGAGUGGGGUCACUGCAGUAAUAAGGAUAGCCUGGCUCCGGAUAACUCGAAAACAUGUCUCCGCAGAGUUCCGUGGCUCCAGAUAAGCCGAUCCAGACUGCAGUGCCCCCCUCAGUGGAGCUGGGCUUGACUGUGGUUUACACCGCUCUAUACUCUCUGCUUUUCCUCUUUGUUUACCUGCAGCUCUGGCUGGUCUUGCACUACAAGCACAAGCGCUUCAGUUACCAGACGGUGUUUUUGUUUCUGUGUCUGUUCUGGGCGGGCCUGAGGACUACGCUCUUUUCUUUUUACUUCAAAAAUUGUGUUCAGGCCAACCAGUUGGAGCCUUUGCCUUACUGGCUGCUGUAUUGUUUCCCUGUGUGUUUGCAGUUCUUCACGCUGUGUCUACUAAAUCUUUAUUUUGCACAGGUUAUUUUUAAGGCCAAAGCCAAAUAUUCUCCAGAACUUAAUAAAUACAAGAUACCAUUGCGACUAGGAUUCUUAUUUGCUAGCAUUCUGUUUCUGGUGGUGAACUUCACAUGUGCAGUGCUUGUCCAAGGAAAUGUGCCAGAAAGCCAGUUGAAAUGGACCGUUUUUGCUCGAGUACUCAUCAAUGACAGCCUCUUUGUACUUUGUGCCAUUUCGUUGGCUGUGUGCAUCUUCAAAAUUGCAAAAAUGUCAUCAGCAAAUGUUUAUCUCGAGUCCAAGGGAACUUCUGUUUGUCAGGCCACUCUUGUGGGUGCUGCAGUGAUCCUGCUUUACAUAUCAAGGGCUUCCUAUAACCUCGUUGUGGUCUUCAUGGCUCCAGAAGAUAGGCCCAGUUCAUUCAACUAUGGCUGGUACAAUGUGUCUGAUCAGGCAGAUGUUGAAAAAGUCAGUGACCAAGCUUAUGUGGCAUUUGGAAUCAUUCUUUUCCUUUGGGAGCUAUUGCCUACAAGUUUGGUGGUGUUUUUUUUCAGGGUGCAGAGACCAAAUCAAAAUCUGGGAUCGGGUGGCAUGAUCAACAGUCACAGUUUCAGUUCCAGGGCAUACUUUUUCGAUAAUCCAAGACGAUAUGAUAGUGAUGAUGAUUUAAGUAGAAGCAGUGGCUCUAGAGGCGAGAGAGGAAGCAUCUUAUCCACAACACCACAAGGCACUGGUUGGUAUGGAGCCAUCCAUAGGAAUAGCAAUUACAAUGUAGUCUCUCACUUGCUGAAUGGACCUCCAACAGCUACAGCACCACUUCUCUUCGCUUAUGGUAAUAUUCAAAACAACCACCAUCAUAACUAUUACUCAACACCUCAAAACUACUAUUCAACACCACAGAACUAAUGGGAAUGUACAGAUUCAGUUCUUUGGAAAUGUUUACAUGAUAGUUUUCAUGACCCUUGGCUUGUUAUGAAAGAAUAACUGGAAGAACUUGAAAGAACAAGUACACGUGUGGCACAAUGAAAGAAAGAGAUGUCAAUAAAGUAACCUUCAGAACUGCAUCAGUGACUAGAAAAGAAGGGUAAAGAUGUCCAAUAAUGUUGCUGCUUGUUUCAACUGUAGUAAGUUGGACUGCAUAUUGCACUUUUAUCUGCACUUGCAAUCUGAACAAAAUUCCAGAAUGUAUCUGGAUUUAUCAAUAUUCUAAAUUUUUGGAAGGUUUUAGCAUUGACCUGGGCUGAGCAGAAGGAUCUAUCUUCUUCAUGAUUAGAUUAUUCACAGCCUGUUUUAUUGUGCGAUAGCUCUAUGGAGAGCAGAAUUAAUAUCCAUCUCUGCCAUUUUAAGCUAACAGAAAAAUAGAAUGGUUGCUCUAUGAUACUGUGGUGCAUGAAUUUCAACUGAAGAUAUCUGCACAUGAUCUUAUCACAGUCAUGGAAAAACAAUAUAGGCACGUUUGGUUGCAUUGUAUUUCCAAGCCACACAUCUUUUAGAUUUGAGGCCUAAUGUGGAAAUUUGCUUAGUGAUCAACGAAGCAUUUGAAUGUAAUGUCUAUUGCAAUGUUUUUCUAUUUGCCAUUCAAAAUCUUAAAUGGGCUAAAAUUCUGUUUAAUAGAAUUUAACAUCUGUACAUGUAUUAAUAUUACCAGUUACUACAGUAGCCUAAAACUAUUAGCAUUAUCUUAACCUAUUUUGGUAUAGAAGAGUUGCAUGUUUUAUUUUAGUGGACCUCAUUAGCCACAUGAUAUUUUUGGUUAGCUGAGGUUUCCAAGUUCCUGAGGGCUGGUUUCUUCAAACAAGAAUGAAAUGAUUAUUGGAUUUCAUUGUAUCUAAUGUUAAACAUGUAAUGCGUGUACACCAGCAUGUUCUUGUACACACCUGAACAUUCCGUGAAGCAGCCACAUAUUUAGGUACACUACAUGACAGUUGUAGGGCACAGAUUAAACAUGUAUGGUAUGGUAUGGUACUAGACAAGUUUGCACGUUAUUUUUUGCACUUUGAGUGUGUUUAUGAAAGCAGUACAGCUUUUUAAGCAGAUGAAUGUGAAUUACUGGCUAUUAAAUUUUUUCAGACUAAGUAUUUAAUGUGUUGUAUUUUUAUAUCUAACUACUGAGAUAGAAGUUGUACAACGUUACAUGUAUGACUCAGGACCUUUAAUGGAAUAGCAACAAUAAGACAAGUCUCUAGUGCAUGUCUUUUAAAUCUGGAUUUGAGGUGUGCUAAAUUUGCAUACUCUUUUUAAUUGCAAAAAUAGUAUUUCUGACUUGCUGCAACUUUACAUAUUACUUUCAAGUUGGAAAGUAAUUACAAAUUCCUGAGAUUAAAUCAGUUUCAGUGUAUGUAUAAGUCUCAAAAUGAAAAUUGACUUUUGUAACAUUGAAUAAGAGUACUUUAUAGGAUUGGGUCUCGAAUUGUAAUAGUAGAAAUGAUCACGUAAAAAUGGCCUAAAAAGUAUUUCACUUCUGUAUAUUUGGUACAUUUAAUAAUGAAUUUGAGUUUGGAAUUAUACCUACUGCUGAAGUACAGUUACUUAUGAUUACUUAUAAAUAGUCCUUUUGUUCUGAAGCUUGGUUCCUCAGAAAAAAGAUUGAGACGUAGAAUUUUUUAAAAAUUCAGAAGGUGGGCAAGUGCAAAGUAAGAGAUAUACUGGAAGUUAAAAAUCUUCAGUGUUUUUCAAUCUGCAAAAUGUCUUUCUGAAUGUUUUGAUUGUUAAACUUAUUGAAUUCACUUAUCCAGUCGCUAAUUAAACUUUUAUUUUGAAUUGAAAUUGUUCAAUUAGAACUGUUUGUGGCCUGCAGUAUUUUUCAUAAGCUAAAUGUGUGUUUCCCUCGGAGAAUAUGUAUGUGUUAGUCACUUUAUUGUAUGAAUGCACAGUAAAGAUGAAUUUCUUUCUUGAAAAAAAUGCUAGCAGUUUAAAAUUGCUUUCUUAUUUCACAAAUACUUCAUCUCCCGCAUUUAGUAUGCUUACAUCAACCAAUGAAAACUUCCUUAGUCUAAUUAAAUUGCAAUGACUGUAAGAUAAAAACUAAAGUCCAGACCUCAUUUUGGGUGCUUUGUUUAGUGGCAUUACAAUGAAAAGAAGAGCUGGAGGAAAGAGAACCAUGGUUCAGAAGUACAGGAAAUUUAAAUGUGGAUUAAUUCUAUCUUUGGCUAAAAUUGGAUGUUAUUACCAUAUAUUCUUAUAUAAAAUAGCAGAAUAGGUCACGUAGGUCUGCUUCAAAAUUUAAGUGAUUCCUGUCUGGUAUUAGUUAAACUAUUAACUGUUAGUUGUAUUGAUUUUUAAUGCAUACUAUUACUGAUCUACAGCCAAUUUUAUCUGCCAUCAGGUUUAUAUCUCGUAGACCUGUUCUGCAGGCAACGCAUCUGAACUUGCGCACAAUUUAGUCCAACUGGAUAACGUCUUGCUAGCUUUUAAAACUCAAAGUACAGUACCUUUGAAAAUAAUCAUCCUACAUAUUCAAGUUGAAAUUUGAAAACUUACUUUUUUUAAGCAUUUGAUGGGAAUUUAUUUAUUCCACAAAUCAUUGCAAAUAUGUCUGCGUUAACCAAACGCAGGCUUUUUUUUUGUUCUUCAAUGGGAUUCAGAUGUUACUGACAAAGCCAGUAUUUGUUGUCCAUCCCUAUUUGCUCUUGAACUGACCUAGCUUGCUGGGCCAAUUCAGACUGCAGUGAAGAGACAACCACAUUUCUGUGGAUCUGGAGUCACAUGUAGGCCAGGCUAGGUAAGGGUGGUAAAUUUCCUUGCCUAAAGAGUGUUCACAAACUAGAUGUGUUUUACAAUAAUCAGUGUUACUUUUAUUGCUGGGACUUGCUUUCAAUUCCAGAACUUACUUGAUGGAAUUUAAAUUCCAUCAGCUAGCUGCUUUACAUGGAUUUGAACCAGUGGUCCCAAAGCAUUAACAUUGUCCUCUCAAUGGCAAGUCCGGUGACAUGGCCAUUAUGCUGCCGUUUUCCUCAGUUUUAAAUUCUUUAUCCCUUCUGAUUUAUUUUGUAGUUAUCUGUAUUUUUCACAGCAAAUUUAGCUUGCUUAAUGAACCAUGAGCUGAUUCUAAUUGUAUUUUCCAUCCAGUCCAUGAGUGAAUUGUCUAGCUGGCAAUCAGUCUGAGGAUCAAAUACUUAUCACAUUGCUGUAUGGAGUCUUCUGUGGACCAGGAUCCGAACAAGCAAACAAAUAUUACUCCUACUUUGGCUUGAUCUGUGGUUUGUAAGUGGUCAGCUUAGUUCUGCUGUGAAGCUUUGAUUUCCAUAUGGUCUGAACCUCUCUCUUUUGAAGAGUAUAAUUCAUUUCUGUCUGUGUAGCAAAAUAAAACUCUCCAAAUUUAACCUAAUUCUGUGUUUUUAUAAUUGAUGCCAAGUCAGAAAUAUUGAAAAACAUCUCAACAUUUGAUUCCUUUCUUCCCUUCACUUUUUUGAAGUUAUUGAUAAAUUAUUUUUCCUUAAUGUUUUCCUUGAACUUUCAAGUAACUUUACAAUAUUGAACAUUUGUAAAACUUUACAUGUAAUCUUCAAACUUAAGUGUCUUUGUGGGAGUAUGUAAGUGUACCUGUAUUGUUAAUACUAUAAUUUAUCUGUUAAAUUUUCCACUGCAUUUGUACUGUUAACUGUAAAGCUGCUCUGAAGGCUUUAUUUUAUCAUGGCCAAUGAAUGUAAUGGAUUUACUAUGUAAUAAGUUGUAACAAGCACUACCAUGUUUAAAUAAACAUUUUAUGGCAUUCGUAAAGGGAAAAUGUUCAAUUGAAAAGUUUUAAAUUUCAAAGAUUAGAAAAUCUGUUUUAGUUUUGUGCAAUGAAAUGCACUAGACAAGUCACAAAGCUGAAGCUGAUUGUAAAAUAAUUUAAGGGGACUAUUUUGUCACUUAACAUCUAUGUGACCAUAUGGGAAGGAAUCUGGGGGAUGUUGCUGUGAAUGAUCACCUCCUGGGCUAUAAUUUUCAUCAUUCUAUGAAAACACUCCUUUAUUGGGUCUAAAUUUAGAAAUACUGGCACUGAGUUUAGGGAAAAGUGCCCCAAACACUUGAGUCUGGUGCCCUUUCUGAAAUUGCUAUUUAGCUGAGGUGCCAGCUGGUUAUAAUGAAAGAGAUCAAAGUACAGGUCAAUUCAGACUGAUACUUCGCGUGGACUGUCAUUUUUCCCACAUAUCCUGAGGCCAAAGCAAAUUCUGAGGAGAUGCAGAAAGGAAGCACAGACUUAGCAAAAGUGGUAGUGACAGGAGCCUGAUCAUACAUUUGUGCAAUGCAGGGGAGCUCUGGCCUGAGUUAGAGAGCAUAUCAAGUUAUAUGUUACUUGGAUAUCAGAGUAUUUUACUUGUCAUAUCAUACUACAUGUUGGUAUUGUCAUCAUUUCAACAUUAAAAGUGAGAGUGUUAGUUGGUUUCGUCAUCAUCCCAACACUUCUGUAUUCUAUUACUGUUGGUACAAGGAAUCCUGACUCAUCAGUAUUGUAAUGUGUGCAAUUUGUUUGAAAGUAUUGCUUAUUAAAUAAAUCAAAGUUUCUCUCA